AUGGAUCAUAGACUUUUAGGCAAUAAUCAUUCAUACUAUAAAAGAAAAUCAAUAUACGAUAAUGGAUACGGAAAUUGUGAUAUACCUAAAGGUAAACUUCUUCAUCUUAUUAUAAGAAUAGGUAUAACAAUUAUAACUAUAUUAGUUAUUUCACUGUUUAUAAAAAGUAACAAUAAAAUCGCACGAAAUUUAAGCAUAAUGCAAAUUAGUAUAGAGGAACAUGAGUUUUUUAACUCUUUGGGAUUUCCAUUAAAUAGCAAAGAACUAAUUUAUAGUAAAUUAGAAUCAUGGGGUUUUAAUUUGUCCGACAUAGGAGAAGAAGGAUUAAAUCCAGAAUAUAAUGAAGGAAAUAUAAAAAAUUAUAAAUAUUCCAAAUAUACUUAUAAAGACAUAUUAUUAUUAAAUUAUGUAAAUAAUGAACGAAGUGAAAUUUCGAAAAAUAUAUUUUUAUAUAAAUUUAUAGAAUUAUUAAAAACAAAGGAAAUAAAUACAUUUUAUGAUUUUUUACAAAACUUUAUGAUAUUACAAGAUUUAAAUUGUUUACCGAUUAGUUACAAAGGUAUAUAUAUAAAUAAUAAAUUUUUUACACUUAGUUAUGCAAACGAAUUUACUAUUGAUGAUAUAAAUAAAGUUGAAACUUUAAUAAACGAAAAGCCAUUCUUAUAUUUAACAUAUCAUGGUGGUAAAAAAAAAAAUGGUAUUCACAAUAUUUGUAAAUUUUCAAGAGAUGGAUAUUUUUUAGGAUCUGUAUUAUUACCAUUUGAACAUAAUGGAAUAUUUUUUAAUAUUGUAAGUUUAAGAGGAUUAUUGUUACACGACAAUUAUUUAUAUGUUGCUGAUUCGUUUAAAAAUAAUUCAAAAAUAUAUAAAUUUUCGGAUACUAUAAAUAAUUUAUCAAAUAGAAGAGAAUUUGUGUCUGUCUUUAUUUCACAAGAUAACCAAUCAAACCCUUUAAUGAUACAUCCAUAUGGAAUAAAAAAACAUGAUGAUUAUUUUUAUAUAAGUUCACAAAAUACGGGAACAGUAUUAAGGUUUGAUAUUGAAGAUGGGGAGUUAGGUCCAUCAAAAGAUUCAUUAAAAAAUACACAUAAUGGUGUUGUUGUUAAAUUAAAUCAAUUUGAAGAAAUAAGGGGAUUAGAUUUUGAUCAUUUAGGAAGAUGUUAUGUAUCAAAUAAACAAGUAGGUGUACAAGUAUAUGAUAAAAAUUUUAAUUUAAUAAAAAUUAUUCCAAUGUUUUCUCCUAUAUCUGUUUUAUUUAACAAUGCUAAUAAUCGUAUAUUAGUAGGGAGUUCCAAAAGUCAUGAUAUAAAAGAAUAUGAUACUCAGAAUUUCGAACUCAUAAAAACAAUAAAACACCCAUUACUUAAACAUGUAGCAGGUAUGGUUAUAUAUAAAGAUUCCUUAUUUGUUAUAUCACAGAGAAAAAAUAAAUUACUUGAAUUUUCAUUAACUACAAAUUUGUUAAAAAAUAUUAUUAUUAACGAUUUUAGUGACAUUGGGGAACGUGUCAUAUUAUCAUGGGCCUAG